UACAACAGAGUGGUUUUGGUGGGCUAUGCUUAUAUCUCCAAGUUCUUGAAUAAAAAGAUGGAACUUAGUGGUCAUAGAAGAGAUAGAAUCAGUACUUUACCAGAAGCCAUUACUUGCCAUAUCUUGUCCUUUCUUCCCACUAAAGAAGCUGCUUCUACCUCAGUUCUUUCCAAAACAUGGCGAUAUCUCUUUGCUUAUGUUCCUAAUCUUGAUUUGGACGACUCUGUUUAUCUGAAUCCUAGGAAUAAGCAUGACAUUUCGACAAGUUUUAUGGAUUUUGUGGAUAGAGUGUUGGCAUUGCAAGGAAAUUCUCCUCUGCAUAAGUUCUCUUUAAAGGUCAGAGACCGUGUUGAUCCAGUUCGUGUCAUUCCUUGGAUACACAAUGUUUUGGAACGCUGUGUAUUUGAUCUUGAUCUACAUCUGGCUUUCGAAUCGGAGUUUCUGCUUCCUUCAGAGGUCUACAUGAGCAAGACACUGGUUAGGCUGAAGUUAUAUUUUGGGUUGUUGUUUCCCACUUUUGAUGAUGAAGAUGUUUAUCUCCCAAAGCUUAAGACACUUCAUCUUGAGUGUGUCCAUUUUGAAAAGCAUGGUAUUGGGCUGACCAAGCUUCUCUCUGGUUGUCACAUGCUUGAGGAGUUAGUUCUGAAUGAUAUAUCUUGGUUCAUUUGGGAUUUCGCCUCGGUGUCUGUCCCAACUCUUAAGAGACUAACGUUUCGAUGGGAAGAGCGGGAUGAGUUUCCAAAGAGUGUGUCUUUAGAUACUCCUAAUAUUGUCUACUUGAAGUUUACUGACACUGUUGCAGGAACGUAUCCAAAAGUUAAUAUCGAUUCGCUUGUUGAAGCCCAUAUCGAUCUUCGCUUGUUGAAGCCGUUAUUGAUAAAUUACCAUGAGGGUUAUGGGGAAAAUGAUAUGGUUGGUAAUGCAACAGAUUUUAUUAAGCGGUUGUGCAAUGUGAAGACUCUUUAUCUAUCUGCCAACACUCUUCAGGUUCUUACAUACAGCUGCGGUGCAAUUCCGCUAUUCAACAACCUGACUCAGUUAACCAUCGAGAGUAACCCCAUAGUAGGAUGGCAGUCAUUGCCGGGCUUGCUCAGGAAUUCUCCAAAACUUGAAACUCUUAUCUUCGAAGGCCUCAUCCACAAAGCCACGGAUGGAUGUGGAGAUGUGUGCUUGUGCAAACCUCGUGAGGAGAUUCUCAGUUGCUUAUCAGCAAGUCCGGUGAAGGUUAUAAAGAUACGGGGAUUUGGUGGAUUGAGUGAAAGAACGGAGAAGCAGAUCAAGUAUUUCUUGGAGACAAUGCCGAAUCUUGAAAAGAUGAUUUUCUACUACAACCCACCAAGUUUUCGAAAUCUUAGUCGAGUUGCAGGCGGACUUAAGAGGCUAUUUUCCGAAGUAACUUCAUCCAAGUGCGCUCUCCGACUAAUUUGGUCACAGCCUUCUCCACCUCCUUAUCUCAGAGAUAAUUAACAAAGUUUGGGAGUACCCUUGCUUGUAGUAACUAAAGUCACCUUCUCUUGUUUCUGCGUACUUUUGUUAUAAAGACAUGUGCUAUUUAGGCUUUGUCCUUUUUGACUCACAAUGUUAGCUUCAUCUCUUGUUUCAUUUCGUUUGUUGUGUGAACUGAUCCUGUCGGAGUAUCCUAGCUUCUAAUCGCUAAAAUGAUCACAAUGUUAUCUUUAGUUUUUUGUUUGUU